CAUGAACACCGCCAAAACGAGGAAGGGGAAAUCCCACGAUGAAUCAUUCCGAUUGAAACCCAACGUUGUGUCGCCCUCGUUGAUACGAUAUGCCAUCAUGCGCAACGGAAAGCCAUGUGCAUAUGCUCCGACGUUGUCACCGUUAACUAUCGGCAUCUGCUGUGGAAGGCCUUCGGAACUUCCAUUUGUUCGAACUUCGAGGAAGCAGUUCAUCCUUUCUAGCGGCCGCUUGGUAAUGGGUCCAUGUCGACGGUGGAUGUUCGUGGGCGCCAAGGCAGAAUGAAGUGACCUUACACCUCUAUGCUUCGUUCUGGAAGGCGCACCCUGGCAUCGAGAUUGCUAUCGGCACCUUGCCCAAAGGAGGACACUGAACAGUUGGUGAGCAAGUGCAAGUGCAGUGCGGUGGAUCGAGUCAACGGACGGCUCACCCGCCCCUGCCCUUUUCGUUAUUCCUGUUCCAUGCCGAGGACCAAGUUGGUGCUUCAGCUACCUUACUUAUCUCAGACUUGUUGCGGUGACCUGACCGACUCCUUCCUCGUUCUCCUCCUCAUCUUGGCUUUGCUGCUCUCUCUAUCUUUAUUUUAUCUUCUUGUCUUGUUACAUAUAUCUUUACUGGUCGGUUUUGUCGCACUACUCGAUUUAUCUACCAGCUGGCGUGUCUUGGUCAUCUAUAUUUCACAGUCGCGAGCACCCGUCUUGCCAUUUAGCUUCAACUGUUCAUACGUGGGCAUAUCUUAGCUAUAUAUUUCCGCUCCCUGCCUUGAACAUCCUCGCUGCUCGUUUCCAAGUUCCAAGGGACUGGAAUCUGUCCUACAACUGCCCUUUGCGACCAUCUAUAA